CCGUAGCCGCCUCGUUCGAUUGUCGGUUCGUCUCUCCGCUGCUGGCUGUCGUGGUGGUGCUGAUGCCCGUACACACAUGCCCACAUAGACACCCACCACACGGCCGACAUACUACUCGACCCCGAAAUACUCGAAGCCGCCCGUGGUGGCUGGGAGCCGUGGUAAUCGGUGCGCAGCAGCCUUGGGCCGCUCAGAUUGUCGAUGAGCUGGCAGUUCCCUGCCCCUCGUCCAUUGGCCGGCACCGCCUUUUCACUUCGUACCAUUGUAGUUCCGACUUUGCAUUGGCGCCUUUAUAUACUUCUUAUGCGCAUGCGCAGUCGUUUUUCUGCUCAAUUUUCUGCCAUUAUGCCAUGUUCACAAGCACACAGCCCUAUAUUUUUUGCAAGUGCCCGCGUCUUCGGUGAGAGGUGAGAGGGACAUUGAUCAGAUUGGGACUUUCUCGUGGGCUCUGGGCUGUAAAUAAUUUUCUUCCGUAGUCAGCGGUAGUCAUAACCAAGAAGAAAAAACCAGCGACAUCAACACCAACAACA